CGCUAUAUUAUGCAGUGAGACAAUUAAUUUGAAAACACUAAACUUAUACUAAAUAACUCAAUAACAAAAAAGAAAAAUUAAAUCUGAUAAUAAAUUUGGGGAAACAUCAGCUGGAUGAAAGGCUCUUUUGGAGAUCUUUACAGUGUUCUGCGAACUUCAAACAAGAGUAAUUUAAAAGUUUUUCUUCUGUAUACCCACAAACCAGAAGAAACCAAUAUGGGAGAUGAAAGACCAGUAACAAAGCUCAAUGUCUCCACCACUAAGGACGAGGAGGAAAUACUUGCAGCUAAUGGCUAUCAGCUCAUCAAUUCUGACCUCAAUGAAGGAACUGGUAAAAACCGGGUCUUUCUUUGGUACAAGAAAGAGUGUGGCUUGAAACCUGUGACCAGGAUCCAGUUUUCAUUCAGUGAGCAAAUGAAAUCUGGUCUGGCUGAUGCUGGGUAUGAGCUGGUGGACAAGGAUCUGAACGCAGGAGCUGGCGGAGAUUUCAUCUUUCUUUGGUACUUCUACGGCAGCACUGAAUCUGACAUUCCCAUUAUGAACCUCGAGGUAACUAAAGAUGCCGAAGAAGAACCUGCUCUCCUGAAAGAUGGCUGGGAGAGACUGGGCUGUGAUCUGAACCGUAAGGUGGGAGGAAAAUACAUCUACCUGUGGGUGAAGAGAGAGAAGCCGAGCUACAUCUGUGAGAUCACAGCAACUGUUGACUUCUCUUGUGACAGGUACAUGUUUGAGCAGGGCUUCACUCGUGUGGAUGAAGACACCAACCGUGACGCUGGUGGAAACUACGUCUUCUUCUGGUAUCGCCGCACAACUGAUAAGAGCAAGGCUCUCACUGCUCUAAACGUAUCCACCUCCCCCCAGGAGCAGGCAAAGCUGCAGGCUUCAGGCUUCAAUAUGGUUGUUGCGGAUCUCAGUGUAGGAGCUGGUGGAAAAUAUAUCCAUGCAUGGUACAGGAAAGAAAGACGUGAAUCACAGAUCCAAGCUAUGGUUCUACUGAUCAAUCCUGAUGCCUGGAAGGAGUAUCAGAAAGCUGGCAUCAGCUUUGUUGAAAAAAAAUCUGAAUGAGGGCAACAAGGGUUUGAAAAUGCACAUAGCAUACAAGUGAAGGAUGUUAGGAUUCUUUGGUACUUGAUAGGUACUUGAUAUUAAUAAAUAAGCUUCCACAUAAAUUAAAUCAGUACAUUGAUGGUUAAAGAAGAUGACAUGAAAAUGUAAAUGGCACAAACAAAACACAAACUCAAAAGCUAAAAAGGAAAGGUAGAUGAACAAUUCAUAAAUUCUUAAAGUUAUGCCCAUUAAGCACUUGACCCCAGCUUGCUUCAUAUUCACUCCUUUAUUGAGACUACUUUAAGUAACUUUGGAUAAGAAAACUUUUACUAAAUAAAAAAUGUGCUCAUUAUGUCCAUGAGGUGGCAGAGCAGCUCCCCACAGAGCAGCUCAGUUAUAUUAUGACCAUGGACUGUUGUAAAACAUUGUUUCAUUUUUGCAUUUUCUUUUUCUUUGACUGUUUGUCACUCUUGUGGAAGUUUUUCUAGUGGAAAGCAUGCAUUUGCAAUAAAGCCAACUUUAGCUAC